AUGGCGACUGCUGCGUGCGGUACACACGGCACUUUAGGUAUCGAUACAGCCAAACCGAGUAAAGAGCACUUGCGGAAAAGUAAAGACUCACGCAGGAGACAGGCAGCUCUCUUGUUCCUGAAUAACAUCUCGCUUGACGGACGGCCCAUAUACCAACUAAGCAAUGGGACCAACAACCACGCAGACAAUGAGUUUCAAGGCAUCAACGCCGGUGAGACAGCGGCUAGACUGUCCACAGCUAGCAGUUAUGGAACGGUCGCGCAUCUGUCACCGUCUGUGAGCGGGGGCAUAGCAACUCCUGUCCCAAGGAUCGGGGUUAUCAACGUCCCACCUAUUCUUGUCCUACCAACAGACUCAGGGUUCAAUGCUGUUGGGAGUAAUGAAACGUUUUUGGAGAGGGGAAGGGUCGGCUCGUUCUGUUCCCAGGGAAACCUCCUUUCCCCGUCUGGACACCAGACUCCGUUUGGAGCAAGGAAAUCGCCGACCCUGCUGUCAGUAGACAGUUGCAACUCCAUGACUUUGGAUUCUCGGCAGAGCAGGUCACGCAACUCAUCAGGCUCCCCCAGGCCCCGGCCGGUGAAGAAGGUCCACUUCAUCAAGAACAUGAGGCAGUACGACACGCGUGGCAGCAGAAUCGUAUUGAUAUGUGCCAAAAGAUCUCUGUGUGCUGCUUUCUCCGUGCUGCCAUAUGGGGAGGGCUUCUACAUCAGUGAACCGAAGCUGGAGACUCGUGGACGGAGGCGUUCCUCUGGGGCCACUGCCCUGGAGAUGCUGCCCGGGCUGGAGGGUGUGGAGUUGGGGGCUUAUGGCAGGACGGUGUCCUACGCCAGGUUCCUCUUCCCCACCAACGCCCUGGUGAGACAGAAGCCAGUGGACAUCACCAUUCAGAUGCCCCUCUCCCGCAGGAGCUACGCACCUUCCAGGCUGAACAGCACCAUAGGCCUGGACCUGGGUGUGGAUGAGCUGCCGGACUAUGACCCCAAUCUGCUGAGUGACCCCCAGUGGCCCUGCGGCAAGCACAAGAGGGUCCUGAUCUUUUCCUCCUACAUGACAACCGUGAUCGAAUAUGUAAAGCCUUCAGAUCUGAAGAAGGACAUGAAUGAGACAUUCAAGGAAAAGUUCCCACACAUCAAGUUGACACUGAGCAAGAUCAGAAGCCUGAAGAGGGAGAUGCGUAUGGUCAGUGAGGAGUGCACCCUGCAGCCUGUCACCGUGGCGAUGGCCUUUGUGUACUUCGAGAAGCUGGUUCUGCAGGGACGGCUAAACAAGCAGAACCGCAAGCUGGUGUCAGCAGCCUGUGUGCUGCUCGCUGCCAAGAUCAGCAGCGAUAUGAAGAAGCAGGAGGUCAAAGUGCUCAUCGACAAAUUGGAGGAGCGUUUCCGUAUCAACCGCAGGGAGCUGAUCCCAUUCGAGUUCACCAUCCUGGUGGCCCUGGAGAUGGCACUGUACCUCCCUGAGAGCAAAGUCAUGCCACAUUACCGGCAGCUGGUGCAGCAGGCCUGAGUGUGGAUGGCGUGGCCUGAAUAUGGGCACAAACGCACGACAUGCAAGCAACACGGCCGGCCAGGCAAACCAAGCAGGGGGAGGCUUCACAGGGAGAGGAAGGGAGAAGGUGGAGGACGAAGAGGAGGAGUGGGGGAAAAAAUGUGGCUUACUUGGACCCUACAAGGACAGAAACCGGCACAAAAUAGAGAUCUCGCCAUAUUCACAUUUUUUAUUUAUUUUUAAUUUUAAGAACUAAAUAUGAUUACUUUAGCUUUUUUCUAUUAGCAGAAUGCGUUCUUCCGAAGUUCAUAUUUCUCUCAAUCAUAGGUACAGCUGACCGCACUGAUGCUGGCUGGAGGCAGCUGGGUGUUAGUGUCUUAUGUAACGACACGCUAGGCCAUGGUUUAUGCAAAAGAGUCCCACGCUGUGGCCACCAUGCUUUCAUCACGUCUCACUGGAAGGCCUUUUCCCAGUGUAAAAGCACAAUGAUGCCAGGUCACCAUAUAGGCAAUGUCCGGGGCUCAUUCUAAGUCUUCCUUGCCCUCAAAAAACCUCUAAUGUGCUUACCAGUAGAUUUUGUCCUGUGAUUUGGCUCUCUUUUCAAAUUGAAAGGUUCAGCUCUCCGACUGUUCUCCAAGAUCCUCCUUACAUAUUCGGUAAUUAACAAAAAAUUUGAUAUUAGGGAAGUGUCCCAGAUUCCACUGUGUAUGAAUGAGUAUUAAUUGAUAUUUCAUCAAAACAUUUAACUUUUAAAUAUAUUGUAUAUUGUUUUUUGAAUUUCUAAUUAUUUUAUUUAGACAAAGAUGCACAAUAACCAAAACUUUUUUGCACUAUCCAUAUAAUAUAUUUUUCUUUUGGUAUCAUGUUUGUUUUUUGGCUUUUUGGCUUCUUUUAUAUUGAUCAUUUUAUUUUUGGGUCAUGUAUUCAUACCUUUCCUGUAUGUGUUAUAAAGUAUAUAUUAGUAAGUGCACUGAUCUUAAAAAUAUACUUGUCUGUCUAUUGCAAGCUUAAAUGUGUGUUUUUUAUAUAAUAUGCUUGUUCUUCCAAAUCUUGGUGUGAAGUAUUAUAGCAUUAAGAUGUCCGUCCUGUCAAACGUAAUGCUCUACAUUAGAGAUAUCAUCAAGAAGCACAUUAAUAGUGCUGUUGCGUUAUGACUUUCAGUUUUUAUUGUAUUGUCAGAGCUUCAUUAUGAAACAUGGUAAUGGUGUUGUUAUGAUCCCUGCACCUCUACAGUUUCUGUUGUAUUGUCAGAGCUCCAUUAUGAAGCAUGGUAAUAGUGUUGUUAAGAUCCCUACCCUUAUACAGUUUCUAUUGUGUUGUCAGAGCUUCAUUAUGAAGCAUGGCAAUGGUGUUGUUAUGAUCCCUACCCCUCUACAGUUUCUGUUGUAUUGUCAGAGCUUCAUUAUGAAACAUGGUAAUAGUGCUGUUCUGAUCCCUACCCCUCUACAGUUUAUAUUGUAUUGUCAGAGCUUCAUUAUGAAGCAUGGUAAUAGUGUUGUUAAGAUCCCUACCCCUCUAUAGUUUCUAUUGUAUUGUCAGAGCUUCAUUAUGAAGCAUGGUAAUAGUGUUGUAAAGAUUCCUACCCCUCUACAGUUUCUGUUGUAUUGUCAGAGCUUCAUUAUGAAGCAUGGUAAUAGUGUUGUAAAGAUUCCUACCCCUCUACAGUUUCUGUUGUAUUGUCAGAGCUUCAUUAUGAAGCAUGGUAAUAGUGUUGUUAAGAUCCCUACCCUUCUAUAGUUUCAAUUGUAUUGUCAGAGCUUCAUUAUGAAGCAUGGCAAUAGUAUUGUUAAGAUCCCUAACCCUCUAUAGUUUCUAUUGUAUUGUCAGAGCUUCAUUAUGAAGCAUGGUAAUAGUGUUGUAAAGAUUCCUACCCCUCUACAGUUUCUGUUGUAUUGUCAGAGCUUCAUUAUGAAGCAUGGUAAUAGUGUUGUUCUGAUCCCUACCCCUCUACAGUUUCUAUUGUAUUGUCAGAGCUUCAUUAUGAAGCAUGGUAAUAGUGUUGUUCUGAUCCCUACCCCUCUACAGUUUCUAUUGUAUUGUCAGAAAAUGUGUGCCACAGUCUUCUCCUCUCAAUCAAAUGUUUAUGCAUUUCAUCUUGGGUUUAUGAAUAAUAAGCACAGCCUAGUGGACUUUUACUAUGAUGAGAUGUAUAAAGUUUAUUGUUUUUUACAAUAAUUUGUAGAAAAGGGAUUAGGCACUGAAUCUGUAUUGCUCUGUGUGUUUGUGUGCGUGUAUGCGUGCUUUCUUGUGUGUGAUCAUUGUGUGAAAAUCAGAUGGAAACAUGCAUGGUUUCAGUUUAAGUAAGGUGGUGUGUGAUUGAAAAUUAUGCAAUGAUUCUUCAUUCUAUCAUGUCUUUUAUUUGUAUAAAAAGUUAUAGUUGUUAUAGCGACAAUCGUUAUUUGCUAUUAAUCAAAUCUAGAAUCACAUUUAGUCACUUGCACUUUCUUUACAAUGAGGUCAGUACAUCACAGUACCACAGUGUACAUAGGGAAGAUGUGUUCAUAAUAACCUGUGUGUUAAUCGUUAUUUAAUCUGAAUUCCUGUCUGUUAUAUUGUUGUUUGAAAAGCAAUGUUGAAAAAUGCCAUUGCAUUAUACUCAGUGAGCACUUUAUUAGGUAUUUCUUACAUUUGGUCUCAACAACAGCUGAACCUCUGGACCACAUCUGCAUUCUUUUAUGCAUUGAGUUGCUGCCACGUGAUUGGCUGAUUAAAUAUUUGGAUUAACAAGCUGGUGUACCGGUCUACCUAAUAAAUUGCUCACUGACUGUAUUUUGUGCUAUUGAUACAUAUGCCACCUUGUGGUGAGAAUUGCAAUAACCAUGUAAAUGUAUUAAUGGAACAAAGUAUUUGUCAUCAAAUAUAUAGCUAGUUUUCUCAGGAAACAUUUACAAGUAAUACAGAUAUGUAUUUUCACAUUUUUUGUUAUCUGUGUUUAUUCAUAGUGAAGCUGGUCUUUGUGAAUUGUAAUUCAAGUGACGCGGUGCUGUUUAGCUGUAACCCUAAACAGGAAGUACUGUUCUAUAACUACCUAAUAGAAACUUCCUCAUACAAUGGAAGUUUAUUGGCAACAAACUUUAUUUUCACUGAAAUAUGCAUAGAUGUAUGUUUUUUCUUAUAUGUUGAACAGGACCGCAAACCAGAGGGCAACAGGAAUGGCACAGUAACUCACUGUGGUUUGGGUAAAAUUAGAUUUUCAAACCUUUCUCAGUCAGCAGUGGUUAGGUUUAUUUUUUUAACUGGUUACACUUCUUGUCAGCUGCAGAGUGUGAAAGGUUGAGAACAGGUUUCAGUGGACAGAGAAGGCCUUUAUCACAUCUCCUUGCAUUAUGAGAGGAAACGCGUACUGAAAGAAAAGCAUACUGAUGUAACUCAUGCUGGGGAAUUUUGCACGAUGCCGUAAAAUGACUGAAGGAUGUUUUUGUAUUGAUUUGUAUUUUUGAUUUCAUCCUAGUUUUAUGCUGCACACUGCAGCAACACACAAAGUGCCUGAAACAAACAAACAAAAAAAAACAACAGAUUUGCCUGUACUGAAUUAUCAAUUCAUACAGGUCAGAGUGCCAAUUCUCUGUAAGCUAUGUUGCUUCACUUUAUUAAGGUCUUGGUUGAGAACUCGGUGUUUGCAUCGUUACACUGUGAAUUUUUUACCAAAGCUUUGACACUCUGGCCCCCAUUGUGUUCCUAUAGCUGUGGUUCAAUAGAGGACAAAUAUGAUUGAUCCUGCUAGGUAACUCACCCCAGCAUGGGUUAAAUGUGUGUAAAUAUUCCCCCUCCGUAUUACAUUAGGUGUUUAAGUAGUUUGCCAUGCUGCUCCUCUACAAAAUGCUCACAUGACAGGAGAUAAAUACAAGUCUUUCUUAAAUUAAGAAGGUGUAAGAAGAGUAAUUGGUACUGUCAUUAUUUAAAAAAUGGGUUUUGCAUUUAUGGAAUUUGCAACUGUAUUAUUACAAGCACCAUUAGACUAUCCUGUGUGUGUCUUAGGUGUAUCUUCUCUUCUUAGGAGCCCCAUUAAUUAUGUCCUCAAUGGUGUAGAAUGCAUUUCAACUUCUUAUGCUGUAUUGGUGUGAAUAAAUCAAUUAUAAAUGUUUUUUUAAUCACUAAGGAAAUAUUUAUCAUUAAAAAAAAUUCUGACUUCA